AUGUCUGCUGCGGAAAGAAAAUCAGUUCAAGACGACCGUUCCUCUGUCUACUCACGGACUCCCUCCACCGAGAAACCCGAUGAUCCGGAAUCGUGUGGCAACGGCGGAGGAGCAGACAAGCUUCCCCCGCCCGUCCCUGGAUGUUUAUGUUGCGAGGUGUCCAACGGAAAUCAAGAGGUGAUUGGCGACUGUGAAAAGGAAAAGGCAAACGACCACAAUGCAAAGGGAAAGGAGAAAGAACCAUCUUGCUGCAGCGCGGAUGGAACAUGUAGCAAAUCCAAAAUCUGCCCUCCUAGUCUAUCCUCGCCGAUAACUGAAUAUGGUAAUGGGUUGGACUCGUGCUGCUCCGGGCAGGCUACGGCCUGGCCCACUUAUUCAAUUGGACAACCUUGUCCGUCCAUCAGUGACGAGAAUGCGUGCUGCAAAGCAGAUGGCGAGUGUCAGUGUUCAGACAAAUGCCUUGUGGAGUAUGCCGCGCAAUUAUGCGCCAUGGACGACCGACAUAGCGAGGACCUGGCAGGUUCACCACAGGCAGAGGAUUGUUGUACUCGUGAAGAAUAUCGAGACAACAGUCUUACUCUUCCAAGACAGUGCAAGGGGAACUCCGUGAUAACCAGGUCGUCCCUUCCCGAAAACUUGGAACUCCCAUCUCGACAUAAUCGCAAACCUACGGAGACACCUUGUAUGAGGCACCUGAGAAUGGCUUCUGAACAUGCUUCAGAUACGGAGCCCAAGGGAGAGGAAAGACCUUUCUCAACAUUCUCUGGAUCCGCCAAAGCUGUAGGAGGUCAGCUCCAAAAUCAGCAAUAUAGUCCGCAGAUGCUUCUGCAGAGGACCUCGUCGUCUUGUGUUCUUGGAUGGGAAAUCUUGCUGCACGCAGAGCCGCGAAUUGAUCCAACAGAGAUCACAUCCAGAAUUAAGAAGGUGACCGGCUUCACAUGCACAAUCCUUAGAACAGGGCUUGCAGCCACGGAUGUUGCUGGUGAGCGGAUACGCAUCAGAAAUCUCGAUUUAAAGGGACUAGACAUCCUCCAACGGAUAGAUGGAGUAAGUCACGUCGUGCCUCUUCGCGAUGGGACGUAUGAGACUUUCUAUAAUCCCCAAACUAUUGGGGUUAGGGAUAUGCUUGAUAUGACAAAUGCCCCCACCGACACAUACAGACGAGGUCAUGCGGAACUGGCGCCCGACAGCUCUUCCGAAGAGAUUGCACAAGCUGCUGCAAAAUCUCACUGGCUUUGGCUGACUGGGCGGACUAUAGUGGCUGCAAUAUUCACGAUCCCAGUUCUUGUGUUUGCAUGGGCGCCUGUAGCCCAAUACGCCCCUUUCCCGAAACAGACCUCCUUCGUCUGCUCGUCCCUUGUGCUUGCAACCGUCGUACAGCUUCUCGCGAUCCCGAUAUAUAAACAUGCAUUUCGGUCGUUGAUGUACCAGAAGGAAAUAGAUAUGGAUGUUCUGGUGGUGCUGUCCAUUACGAGCGCCUAUAUUUACUCCGUGGUAUCAUUUGCUUUGGAGAUGCGAUUUUCGACCGCCCAGACAGUCCUGGGCCAUCCUAUUUUUGAGACGAGCUCGUUGCUAAUCACUUUGAUAUUAUUGGGAAGACUGAUGGCUGCGUGGGUUAGGAGAAAAGCCCAGAAUGCUAUCAAACUGGGCACAUCACAACAGAAAUCCGCCCUUGUUGUUAGAAAGGCCUCCCCCAAGAAUAAUCCCGAUGCCAGUGCCUUUUUGGGCUUGGGUGACAACCAACCCGAAUUAAUCGAUAGUUCCCUCCUUCACUACGGGGAUAUUAUCCAAGGGAAAGCCUCUGAAAAUAUUGUCACUGAUGGUAUCGUUGUUAGCGGCAGUGCGGAAAUAGACGAGGCGCACAUCACUGGAGAACACGAACCGGUGGUUCGUUCUAGGAAAGCAUAUGUCUACGCUGGAUCAACUAUUAUCAACGGCCAGAUCAAUUACCGAGUAACGAGACUGGUAUCAGAAAAUACCCUCAGCAUUGUCAAGCGGUUCGUUUCUACAGCGGCAUCAUCAAGAACAAGAACAUUGGAAAGAGCCGAUUUAGCUGCCUCAUACCUCACACCUGUAAUCCUUGCUGUUGCGUGUAUUGCAUUUCUCAUCUGGGCUUUUGUCAACCGCUUCGCCAGGAAUUGGGCCAGCACGGAAUCAGCAGUCAACGCCCUUACACAUGCAAUUGCAAUCCUCGCUAUCAGCUGCCCUUGUGCAUUAGCUCUGGCAGUCCCAAUGGUUCUAACAGUUGCCAGCACUGUGGGAGCUAAGAAGGGGGUCCUGUUCAAAGCGGGAGCUGCUCUCGAAGCUGGAUGUAAAAUUACUGAUGUUGUUUUUGACAAAACAGGGACCUUAACAUCAGGCGAGCUAGCUGUCCUUUGUGAAACACUUUUCUGUGAGGAGUCCGGUCAAACUUGCCAGGAAAUAAGCAGGAUGGCAGCGACGGUCACAAGAGGAAAUCGCCAUCCUGUGUCUCUGGCAAUCACACAAUACGUCGCGAGCAACUACGGCCAAACAAACAACACACCGUCCCCCGAAGUAGACUCCAAGAUAAUCAUCGGCAAGGGCGUCGAAAUAACUACCGAGAAAGGCACAACACUGAAAGGUGGCAGCCCAUCCUGGCUUGGCGUCGAAACCCAUCCCAAAGUCAAAGAACUGAUCGAUGCAUCCCUGACCACGUUCUGCGUGGCACGAAACGAUACCCUCCUCGCUGUCUACGGACUCACCAGCACCAUCCGCCCCGAAGCCGCCGCCGUCCUCCAAAAGCUACACAGCAAGAGAAUAACCACCCACCUGCUCUCAGGAGACAACCCCCUUGCCGUCCGCGCCGUCGCUGCAUUCCUCAACUUCAACACGGCCAACGUCCACAGUCUCUGCCAACCCGAUAGCAAAGCAGCAUAUAUCCGCGACUUGCAGACGACCUCGAUGGUAACUCCUCCACCUCCACCUCCCCUUGGACCCCGCUCCCUCUUCUCUUCCUUCCGACUACCUCGCCUCCGCCCUCCUCCCUCCUCCCAACGAAAAGUCCUCUUCAUCGGCGACGGCACCAACGACGCCCCUGCACUUACCCAAGCAGACCUAGGCAUUUGCAUGACAAACGCAACCGACAUCGCCGCUGACGCCGCCGACGUUGGUAUCCUCUCUGGUUCGCUGGACGGCCUGCUCGCGUUCCUCGACCUAUCUCAGCAGGCGACGCGGCGGAUCCAGCUCAACAUCGCGUGGGCGGUGCUCUAUAACGUGUUUGCGGUGCUUUUUGCCGCUGGAGCGUUUGAGGCGGCUGGCUUCCGCAUCGAGCCGAGUUAUGCUGGGGCGGGGGAGAUUGUGAGUCUGUUACCGGUUGUGUUGGUUAGUUUGAGCUUGAGUCUUUGGGGGAGGAGGAGGUGA